UACCAUGUCGUCUGCUAUCUAAACAUCUGUCAAAAUACACCCCAUGUUAUUUUGUCAGGGUUAAACAAGACUUUUAAUAAUUAUUCAAUUUUGUAUUGUGUGUGUGUGGAAUACCUUUUAAUAAUCAUAAAAAUCUGUUACCUAUCAAUAAUUAUUGUUACAAUAAUCUCUGAAAUCAGUUGAAUAUUCUGCCUUAUGCAUAACUGAAUUUGGUAGACAAAUGGUGUUAAUAGGUGUUGAAAAAGCUUAAAUGUUUUAAAACUUGAAACAACUUGCACAGACAUGAUCAUAUUCGUAAUAGCUGCCUUAUAAUAGAACAACACAUAUUUAUAGUAAUUUAAUAGAUUUUGAAAGUUUUUAAAACUUAAUUCAGUAACAUGGAUGUAGCAAAAUCUCUUUUUGGAUCAAGAGCUCAUGAAGGUUAUGCUGGCAAGGAAAAUUACAAUGAUAAAGUAGAGACCGCAGUUUCUGACGAUGAGGAGACCAACCGGACAGAUCUGGAGGGAACGGAAGGAAUGGGUUUGGCAGUGGAAGGAAUGUCCCCCACGCCUGGAGGUCCUUUUUCUGCGUUAACUCCUUCUAUGUGGCCUCAGGAUAUCCUGAGCAAACUGGGGCAGCUGCCUGACGACCCAAACUCUCAGCCUGAUUAUCGGUUUGAUGAAUUCGGCUUUCGUGUUGAAGAAGAAGAUGGUCCUGAACAAAACUCAAAUAAGUUGCUUGGAGUGCCAUUUUUGGAAGAUACGCAACACAGGCUGAAAUGGUUGGCACACCUCGAGUUCAGCCACAACAAAGAGUCAAGUGACCUCUCCUGGGACAACGUUGAACGUCGACUUCCUCGCACGGACAAACUGAGAGCUAUGGUUCGUGAGGGGAUCCCACAUUCUUUGAGGCCCCAACUAUGGAUGAGAUUGUCAGGUGCACUUGAGAAGAAGGAAAAGUCAGAUAUGAAUUAUAAAGAUAUGGUGAAAGCCUCAAACAAUGAUGCUCUGUCGACAUCCAAGCAAAUAGAGAAAGAUCUGCUGCGUACAAUGCCGAGUAAUGCUUGCUUCAGCCACCUGACAAGUACAGGGAUCCCUCGUCUGAGAAGGGUAUUGCGUGCUCUGGCGUGGUUCUAUCCUGACAUUGGAUAUUGCCAAGGCACUGGUGUGAUGGCUGCCUCCCUCCUGCUACUGAUGGAGGAGGAAGAUACAUUUUGGAUGCUCAGCACCAUAGUUGAAGAUAUACUGCCCGCUUCCUAUUAUUCUUCUACACUUAUAGGUAUUCAAGCUGACCAGCGCGUAUUGAGAACUCUGAUCUGCUCGUACCUGCCGGAUGUGGAUCUGACGCUGAAGCAGCAUGACAUAGAGCUGAGCCUAAUCACACUGCACUGGUUCCUCACACUUUUCGCAUCCGUAGUCCACAUGAAGGUGCUUCUCCGAAUAUGGGAUUUGUUUUUCUUUGAUGGGUCAUUGGUCUUAUUCCAGAUAACGUUGGGGAUGUUAAAAAUCAAAGAACCAACAUUGAAAGAUCUAGAAAACUCAGCACAAAUAUUCAAUGCACUCUCAGACAUUCCAGGAGAUAUAGAAGAUGUAGAUCAGCUUUUAGAAGAGCGAGGAGCGUCAACAGGAGCACUGUUGCCACAUCGCACCGCAGCGACCGCUUCUCUGCGCAGUCCUCAAAUGCUACUAGAGUGA